AUGAAGAAAGACGAGCUGGCGAUUAUGGACUGGGAGAGGGGUGCCGAGUUGGAGAAGGGAGAGGGGCAGAUGGUGUAUAAAGAGGUCGCCAUGGUGGAGGUUAUAGUUGCAGCCCUCGUCGUCUGCUUCCUGCUCUGGCAGCGACUCUCUGAUGCUCGACCUGCGACGCAAGCGCACGAAGUGGUGGGGGUACCUCAAUAUGUUCUGGACUAUGCCCCAUUGGUAUGGCUUCACGCCGGUGAAGUCUACUUCCCCUCCGAUAUCUUCGCGCAGGUCAAAAACACACACCCAAAUGUCAACCUAACCGCAAUCGAAAGCCCUCCCUCUCUUACGCUUGAAAAUCUCGAUAUCCUGAAUGCCUAUGGCGACAUUGGCAGAAACGUAUAUCUUACAUCAAACAUCGAUGUUACAACAGAGCCCGUGUGGCUUACUGGCAUCGUCCCUGACUCUACAGGAAAAACCCGCAACAUUACCAGCUCGGCCAUCAUAAUCAACGACCGCGGCAACGGCACUGUCGACGCUUUUUAUAUGUACUUCUACGCAUUUAACCAAGGUAACAUAGUAUUCUUCCAAGAACUCGGCGACCACAUCGGCGACUGGGAGCACAACAUGAUCCGUUUCCAAGACGGAGAACCACAAACUAUGUGGUUCAGCCAGCAUGGAAACGGACAGGCAUUCACAUACAAAGCCGUCGAGAAGGAAAGCAUGCGGCCCAUCUCAUACUCAGCCAUGGGGAGUCACGCCAACUAUGCAGUACAAGGUACGCACGACCACCUCAUCCCCGACUUGAACCUCCCGGCCGGCUUUCUACAGGAUUAUACAAGCAAGGGUGUGCUCUGGGACCCCACCCUCUCAGCUUACUUUUACAACUUCAACGGCACCUCGUCGACGUUUGAGAGUAUUGAGGGGAGUCCGCUGGGGGUAAUGUACUAUAGGGGACGCUGGGGAGACCAGCAGUAUCCAGAUGGAGAUCAGAGGCAGCCGGCUCCGUUCUUUGGGUUUAGGAAGUUUGUGAGUGGGCCAACGGGGCCAUGGGAUAAACAGUUGAACCGGACCAGGAUUUGUCCUGAUAAUGGCAUUCUGUGUAUCAUUAGGGAGACCUUGGGUCCGUAA